AUGUCCCACGAAGCAUAUCCUUUGGUAGACUUGGUGAAACAAUUGGACCAAGCCUCUGGUUAUGAAUUUCAAACACUAUUGAAAACUUUAACUUCUCCAGUUUAUAUUAAUGAACAAAUAUUGAAGUCUGAAUUAGGUUUAUUAAACACCAAGAUUCUAAAAUUGUUAAGAUCUAGUGAUGAUUUUGAUGUUUGGAAAGGUUGCCAUACCGCUGUGGUCAUUUGUUCUUAUAACCCGUUAGUUCUGUGUUCCCACGCAAGUCAAUUAUUAGCUGCUAUCUAUUCUAAAUUGGAACAGAAGGUUGGUUAUUAUCAAUCUACCAUCUCAACUAUGCAAGGCAAAACUCUAUUGGAGACUUUAAUCUCUUCAUUAUCCAUCAUUAUGGAUUUGAUGAGAAAUAAACCAACUGUAUCUAGAGAAGGUUUGGUACCAAAAUUAAGAGCUAUCAUUCCAACACUGAUUACACUAUCUCAAGAUGAACCACAAUUAUGUUUACCUGUCUUACAAACUUUACUUAAGAGAAACUCUACCACAUUCAAACCAUUCGUGAAUAAGUACCGAAUUGUUUUGAGUAAUUUAAUUGUUAACCAUUAUCAUUCCUUCGAUAAAGAUACUCAGACAUUAAUUUGUAACAAUUUUGCAUACUUGCAUCUAAUUAAGAUUCAAAAUGCUCAAUCUAAAGGUACAGAUAUCGAUGAGGCACAAUCUCAUCAUAAAUCAUUUAGUGAUGAUACAUGGACAUCAGGACUUUUAAAUAUCUUAUACCAAUUUAAACCUAUCAUAGAACUAUGUGGCGAACUAUUAGAUUUCAAACAAGACCAAGAUUUACAAAGGAUUAUCGAAAGUUUACCUCAUAGCAACGUCAAGAGCGAUGAUAGUGAUGAUGAUAACGAGAGCGUUCAUGAUUUCCUUCCAGUUUUGAAAUUGGAUAUGAACGCACCAUUGACGUUAUGGCAAAUUUCUAAUCGUUUGAACUUACUAGUUGGUUUAAUGAACAGUUUUAUCAGCUUACCGACCCCAUUUGCCAUAAGAAUUCCCAUUGGUGGGAUUAAUGCGAUUUGUGAAACUUUAUUAAGUAUGACGACCAAAUAUAUCCCAUUGAAAAGAGAGUUACGUCGUGAUCAAGAAUUGAAUUCAAUAAUCCAUGAUAUUUUCCCACAGAUUCAAUUAAAUGGUAUUCAUCUGUGGACGAACUUGAUUCGAUCAUGUAAUAAAUGUUGUAUUCCAUUGGGUUCGAAGAUACUAUCGAAUGUGGAACUGUUCAUACCUUUAAAGAAUAAGAGUAAUUUAAUUGAUUUUGAAAGAUGUUAUGCAUUAAAGAAUGAAUUUGGUGAUGUUUUCAAAUUGAUUAAUAUAGUUUUACCAUUGAUGGGUCAUCAAUUUAAUGAAAUUGAUCCAAUUAUUAAAUUGAUUAAUGUUGCCUUGUAUCUUUCUGAAGAUAAAUCCUUAAUUGAUUCAAUUUUUAACCAACAGAAGGAACUUCAAAGUGCUGCGAUGAAGAAUAAUAAUAAUAAUAGCAAUAAUAAGAAAAAGAAUAAAAGGGAUCAAAAUGUUGGAGCAUUAUCUGAUUUAUAUACCCAUCCUGAGGAAUUUGUAAUUACUACAUCAAAGGAAUGGUAUGAUGAAACUAAUCAAUUUUUCAUUAUGAUCUUAAACAGUUUGGUUCUCUCCAGUACACAACAAACCAGAAUUAUCAAGUAUUCAGUAUCCAUUGCAUUAUAUUUGAAAUCUAUAAACGAUGAGAUUCCUAGGAGUUUUAUUGAUUUAAUUAGAUGCAUUGUCUUACAUCCUGGGUAUGAAAAAGUUUCCAUUUUACCAAUUGCUGUUAAUAUCUUAAAGGAUGUUAAUGAUGAAAUGUUUGAUUUAUUAUGUCAUCCAAGGUUACCUACCAAUAUGGUCUAUCGUGUUAGGAAUAAUAAUGCUAACGUUGUUGAAGAUGAAGAUGAAGAUGAAGAUGAUGGUAGAAUGAUAGUUGACGAAGAAACAGCAGCAAACGAAGCUGAUAAUGUCUCUCUUUCUUUAAAAAUGACUGAGGAAAAGGAGAAAGUUGUUAUUAUGCCACAUGUUGAAAGAAAAGUCGACAUAAUUGAAGACGAAACCAAAAUUUUCAAGAAGAGAGACAUUGAAGAUGUUCAACCAGAGAUUGAAGAAACGACGAAGAGAGUUAAAAUUGUUAAGGAAGAAGAAAAGGUGAACAAUGAAGUACCAGUUCAAGUUAUCGACGAGAAAGCUUUUACAAGUAACAUUGAGGAUAAAGAUAAUGGUGAAGACGAUAACGACGAUGAUUCGGAAUUCGAAAUUCCAGUUAUUGAUAUAAGUGAUGAUGAAGAUGAGGAAGAAUAG